AUGGGAGGGCCUUCUGGAAGCGACAUUGAUGAUGGAGAGUCACGACGGUCUUCCUAUAAUCGACGGGGAGGAGUGCACAUAGACAGUAUGCCUCUUUCGUUCUCCCGUCCACAUUCGUCGAAAUCAGAGUCGUAUAGCCCAAACGGAACUUUGUACUUUCAACACCCAUGUGGCUAUCACGGUAAUGAUUCAGAUGAUCACCAUGGAAAACCCCCCGAUGAUCGACCGAUAACGCGGUUCAAGUCAUCAUCAAGGUCAGGAGGUAAAGCCCCAGGAGGGAGUCGUCCAGUCACUCCCGCUCCAACAACCCCAAUAGCCCCCAAGGAGGAGACCACCACGGCUAUUAACGCAGAGUUGAAAGUCUCGCUCGCUGCUAGACAGUUGUCAUUUCAGAUCAAAGAGAGUAGAAAAUUCUGGAUCGCAUUUCAGGAUGAGUUCGAAGCAGAAGUGAAGGCGGUCAGGUAUUACGUCAACGAUGAUGUCCUUCAGCGAAUAUGGCAGAAGAGGACCGAACACAACAGCAAAUACAAGAAUGGCGAGAAUCAAGAUAACGAACAGUUCAUCAUUCAGAAGAUAAAGCUAGAGACAUGUCUGGAUCAGGUCAGGGAGGCUGCAAAGGCAUUCAUUCAAUCUCAUCCGCUGGGCAGCCCCUCUGAUCAUGAUCCUCGGCACCUCGCCUUAGAGAAGAUUCAGGUAACUGGAGAUCGCAUUCUACUAUUGGCUGGGAAGUCCAUGUUUAGUAAUAUUGCUUGUGUAGAUCUUGUCACGCAGGCGUCGGACUUGGAGAAGCUGGUAGACUCAAAAAAUCCGGAUGCGAAGGUUCUACAUCGGUUUGAUAAGAGGGAGACUAUGAAGACCUCAUGCGAAGGCGAAGAUAACGGUUCGGUCGCAGGCGAACCAACACAUCAGGAGCAGGAAAUACCCGAUCAAGAAACAUAUGGUGAGGAUAAUGAUGACGGGGGUCCAAGUGUUACGUUAGGAUAG